AUGGCGGGCCCGUGGCGGGCGCUGCGGAGGGCACGGGGCUGCGCGGCCCUGGCGGGCUUGCGGGCGAGGCCGGACAAGUUCGGGGGGGUGAGCGUGGAUCUGGGCGAGCUGCGCGGCUCCCCGCGGCUGGAGCGGGCCGCCUUCGGGCGGUGGCUGCGGGAGUCCGUGUCUCAGUGGCGGGAUGAAGGCCGUGUCGCUGUCUGGCUCCGUGUCCCCAUCCUGCAGAGCAGCCUUGUGGCAGUGGCUGCCUCCCAAGGCUUUGCCUUCCACCACGCUGAGCAGGGCUCCUCCACCCUGACGCUGUGGCUGGGAGAGGGGCCCAGCAGGCUGCCAGGGUUCGCCACACACCAGCUGGGGGUUGCAGGUGCUGUUCUAGAUGAAAGCACUGGAAAGGUGUUGGUUGUACAAGACAGAAAUAAGACUAUAAACGCAUGGAAAUUUCCAGGAGGUUUGUCUAAUCCAGGAGAAGACAUUGGAGACACAGCAGUUCGAGAGGUUUUUGAAGAGACUGGCAUCAAGUCAGAGUUCAAGUCCAUCCUAAGCAUCAGGCAGCAACACGAGCACCCCGGAGCCUUCGGGAAGUCGGACAUGUACAUCAUCUGCCGCAUGGAGCCCUCCUCCUUCCACAUCAGCUUCUGCCAGCACGAGUGCCUGCGCUGCGAGUGGAUGGACCUGGAGGAGCUGGCCAGGACGGAAAACGCCACACCCAUCACCAGCAACGUGGCCAAGCUCUUACUGUUCGGGUACCGGGAAGGGUUUGAUAGGAUUGACAUAACCAUGAGGGAGUUCCCAGCUGUCUACACAGGCCUGUUCUACAAACUCUACCACAGGGAGCUGCCCGAGUCCUACAGAAACAUGACAUGAUAGCAAUACAUUUCACAUUUCCUUAUUGUAAUAAUUUAGAAUUAUUAUUGCAGUGUUGCAUAUUACAGUUAACCGUGGACUUCUUUUUAGGUAAUUAUUAGAAUGUAAUUAUUCUCUGAUAAGCUAAGAUAUAAAUUAUUUUUAAAGGUAAUUAUUGCUAUGAAUGUGCAUCAGGUUUUUUCUCCUCUACUCCGUAAAGCAAGCAUAAGGUAAAUAAAAUACAUAGGUACCUAGAAAAAAACAGAAGUUACUGAUCCUGAAAAUAUAUUCUGCAAGUCAUUUGACCUCCACACACACUGGCACAAUAGAUUUAAAGAGCAAUAAAAAGAUAGUAUGAAACAUU